UUACAUCAUCCCCUCAAAAUGUUUGAUGCCUCGGAGUAAAGACACACCACUGAAGUUUAAUAGUUUAUAGAGGAAGUGUUGAGGAAAAUGUCGUUGGUUGAUUCUUUGGCUUAUGACACAGUCUAUGUGCCAUAAGUCAAAGACCGAGCAUGCAAAUAAAACCACAGAAUGAUAAAAGCCAGCCGAGGAACCAGUGUCAAAGGAUGUAAAUGAGCUCUUGCAGGAAUUGCAGUUGGUGAUGUCAGCCCAGUGGAAAUAAAAAAUAAAAAAGACCUGCUUUAAAUCUUACUCUGCGCUGGUCUCAAGAUGAAGCUCUGAAAAGCUCAGAGGUAAAACUUUAAUGACUCCCAGCCCUCAAUGUUUCCAGCCUCCCGUCUGUAAUGAGCACAGCCAAUCAACGAGCUCGAUUCUCUGCACCUUCGAGGACUCGAUAACAAGGCGUUCUGGUCAAGAGAGACGAUGCAAAACUCCUCUCUUCCCCGUCGGCUGCUCGAGAGGAGCGCGCUUGUUUUUGUGUGAUCUCGCUCACACUUUCAACGAUGGUUGGUCUUUCCGUCGACCUCCUGGGCUUGAAAGUCUUCAUCUUGUGCGUGGGACUUAUGGGUAAUGUAUUUCUCAUGGUCGCCGUCGCGCAGACCAAGUUUCCCCGGGUCAAAUCCUUUGAGCUGUUCCUCUUGGGACUGGCCGCGGCCAACCUGGAGGAGAUCGCCAUCACGACCGUCUUCGACGUGGACUUCCUCCAGGCUUCCUCCCGCGGCGUCGACACCUGGUCGUGCCGCUCGCUCAAGUUCCUGUCGAAGUUCGGCGAGGUAGCCAGCAUCUUCUUCACCGUCCUCAUCAGCGUCUUCCGCCAGCAGAAGCUGAGCGACGCCGCCAAAAGGGCCAACCUUCCGAUCUACCUGGACAGCAUCGGGUCAGCCCGAAUGGCGAGCGGGGUCUGCGUGCUGCUCGCCACCCUGCUCAGUCUCCCCGUUUUUGCCAUCGAACCCAAAGAGCCUGCAGGGAACGCCACGGGGAACGCCACGGGAAACGCCACGGGGAACGCCAUCGGCUGCCCGCCAGACUUCUUCCAGUGCAGCAAAAGCCGCUGCCCUGCGCUCAACGGCCUCUAUAAACACGUCUUCAUCCUGGUGUGCAACCUCCUGCCUCUGGCCGUCGUCACGGUUACCGGCUGCCUCAUCCUCGCGGUGCUGCUGGGCCAGAGGUCGACGGUGACGCCGGCUUCGGUGGGCAGCCGGAGCGGAGGUUCGACCCUCCGUCGAAGCAGCGUGGCUGUGCUGGCGGCCAUGGGGUUGUUCCAGGUGGAGUGGACCCUCUACCUGAUCCUGCAGCUCACCGCCGUCUACGUCGACUUUGCUUUCCGGGCCGAGGCGGAGCUCCUCAUCUCGUUUUCCUACACAUGCAUCAGUCCGUACGUGUACGGGAUUGGGAACGACCUGUUCUCUCUCAAGAACUUUAAGAGGAACUAACCUAAAAAGCGAUGAGCUCUGAUGUUUUUGUAAUUAAGCUGAAACAAAUAACAUAAGCUUUUUGUUUGCUGAGAAAUGCCAUUUUAAUUACACGUCAUAAAGUCAUAAUUAUGUUUUCUGAGUGGUUCAGGGAGAUACGGGUAAAUGAUUUCAUGCUGAGACACUUUAUUAGCUUCCUAAAGCUUUAUUUGUUUUGCAGUUCAAAUCUAAUGUGAAGUUUAAAUGUUCAUUUGGUGCUUCAUUUUUCAAUUUAGCUGUUUUAAUCAAAAGUAUACAUUAUCAAAGCUUUCUAUAUUUACAGAAAAACAAACAGCCUUAUAGCCAAUGCCCUUUUUCUUAAUGAAAAUAAUAAAUGUAUUUGCCUU